AUGUCCCAAUCUGGCUACGUUAUCCUCGAAGGCAUACCGACGGCACAAGUCUAUCAUGACCUACGAAAACUUGCUGGCCUGACCCCACCACCCAUGGAUGCAGUCCCAAAAGCACUCGAAAACUCCUUCGUAGGGUUCCUGGCCUAUGAGCAGCGACACAUGAUCGACGAUACGACGCCGGGGGCAGAUCAGACAGCUGUCGCAAUGGGCCGUUUGGUGGGGGACAAAAGCUUGUUUCUGAUCUGCGUUGACAUCGCCGUGCAUCCGGACCACCAGCGCAAAGGCCUAGGCAAGCGCAUAAUGCAAUCGCUGGUAGACCAUGUCGACAAACAUGCGCCUGAUGCGUACGUGAGCUUGGUUGCUGAACCGGCGGGACAGAAACUGUAUCCACAGUACGGGUUCAAAGAUGUAGAGCCAAGCAUCGGCAUGUACCGAAUGAUUAGGAGUCGGAAAGUAGAGGAUUUAUCAGUGAAGGAGGGCGCAGAUGCAUUGGAGUGA